AUCAGUCACCAGGAGUUGCAUCAUCUAGGAACAAAUGUUUACCCCACUGUCAGUCUCACAGCCCAGUAAUUAAAUUUUCUGCAUAAACUACCGCCGAAUUUCGCAACCACGUGACUUUAUCUCCUAACAAUAAGAAACUUACGUCACAAGUAAAACUAAACAAGUUUCCCAUUGGAGAUGAUGGAGACGAAAGAAUAACCUGCAAGAGUUACACUUGGACCAGGUAUCCAACAAUAACACCAUCACAAAAGUUGUCAAGGCUGCGAAAAUAAUAAAAACUAUCUCGAGUACCUUCAAAGUGCAGACCAUGUUACCCAGAUCAACAUCUGCACAGACUAGUUUACUUCCCUCAAAAGUGCACCUCGGACAGCGAUAAUGUCCGAAUAGUUUUAUUUAAAUCCAUCUUUUUUUAUCCACCACACGAUCGAACAUGGACGAAAUUUUGUUUCGACUCUCCAGCAACCUCGAGGCCCUCCAGAUCGAAACAGCUUCGAUAGCACAACAUGCCUAUCAGCUGUUGCUGUCCUGGUUAACCGAGUGCCAACGAAUGUUGCAAAGUAUUUCCAACGACCACUACAGCCAGCACGUAAAGGAUCUGGGCUCAUUUAUGGCAUCUUGGUACCAAAAAGCCCACAAUAAUAUCCACUUUGGUUACUAUCAUGCGCGGAUUAAUUUCCGCGAUUUUUAUAAACAUUUAGGAAGUUUACAUUCUGGCGAAGUCUCGAAGAGAGAUGUAGCUUUUUGUACAAUAGGACUGGCAAUGGGUAUUUUUAUCGGCUAUAACGUCGGGCUAAACUGGAAACAAAAUGUCAAACGUAUUCAUUAUAUGAAAGCGAUAAUAUGCCAUCACUAUAUGGGGAUAGAGGGAGUAUCGUUAAUUGAUGACGCAGAAGUACCCUCGCUUCAACGAUCAAACGAACUGUUAAUUCAAGUAAAAGCGGCCUCAGUAAAUGUCGUUGACGCUAAAAUAUGCUCAGGAUAUUCAAAAGCCUACCGUAGAAUACUAAACUCUGGGCAACAGAAAGAGCUGCCGGUAAUACUGGGACGAGACUGCGCGGGAAUAGUUGUCGAAAUUGGACAAAGUGUCGUCGGUUUUGACGUGGGCGACGAGGUAUUUUUGGCGAUUCCCUCGUGGGCGCCCGGCACCAUGGCUGAGUAUCUUGUGGUGACUGAGAAUCAAGUAGCCAAGAAGCCUAAACUGAUAACUUUCGAAGCUUCCGCUUGCUUACCUUACAGCGGGUGCAUCGCUUGGGAUGCUCUGGUCAAUGAGUCUGCUAUUGAAGAGGGAAAUGCUAAAGACAAACGAAUAUUAAUUUACGGAGGGACAACGCCCGUAGGAUGCAUUUUAAUUCAAUUGAUUAAAUUAUGGGGCGGACAUGUAACAGUUAUUUGCAAAUUAGAGUCGGCAAAAGUUAUAAAAGCACUUGGUGCUGAUGAUAUCAUCCCACUAAAUAACUGUGAUAUUUAUAAAGAACUAGAACUUCAUGAAAAAUAUCAGGCAAUAUUUUGUACCGAAGAUCGUCCAGUAGAGUACCGGCUUCUAAAAAAAUACCUGACGCCCCACGGAUCGUUCGUGUCCACAGUCCCGGAGUAUUUGGCCUCUGACUCAUUCGGGUUCGUAUCAGGAAGCCUGUUCGCGGGAUGCGUGAGGAUUAAAUUAUUAGUACAAUACAUGUUUGGACGCAGCAUAAAUCAGUGGAACGAGGGCGGCAAAAUAAAGUCAAGUUAUCUCGAAAUCUUGCGGGAGCUCGUGGACGCGGAUCAGUUGCAGAGCGUCGUGGGCGCUGCCUUCAGGCCUAAUCAUAUCGAGCAGGCGUUGCAACAUGUGAUGGAUCCAGAUGCCAUCGGUAGUACCAUUAUCAAGUUUAGAUGACUGUCAAGUCCCGUUGAUACUAUUAUUAUAAUUAUUAUUAUAUAUUUAUUAUUGUAAAAUUAAUUAUCAAGCGGAUCAUGUUUGUACUGAUCAUUCAACUCAAUCCAUAUGUACAGUCGUCCACAUUUAAUUGAGUCGCGAUUGGUUUUGCUCGCGAUUAUUCUAAGGGAUGUUGUUACUGCGUCUAUUGUAAAUUUUGAAAAUUUAUUUUACGGAAUAAAUCCAUCAUGAUUAUUAUUA